AAGAGGUCUUUUCGAUGGCGUUGUCUUUAGUGUGGAUUUCAUACUUUUUCAUGCCCCCUUCGGAAGAUCGAACCCACUUCCUGUUUCUUUAUUUCUUUCAAGCUUUUUUCUCGUCUCCUUAGAGCUUACGUCACGUCAUCUUUGACCUUUCCUCUCGCCUCCUUUAGGCUUUUUCCAAACAUUUUUAGCGUUUCCAUCGAACUUUCACAAUUCUUCCUUCGAUUCGCGCUUUUACGCUUUUCUCACACCUCCUUUUGGAACCCUCUUUUCAAGUCUUCUCCUACCUCCUUUAGCGCGUCUCUUUCCCACCUCCUUUAUGCCCUUUUCAUCAGGCCUUCUUCUUCCUCAUGGUCUCUUUUAUCAUCUCCUUUCAAGCCUCAUGCCUACCUUUUGAAGAAGCUGUGAACAGUCGUUCUGGCAUGUUUCCCCAGUGCAAUGUAAAACGACCGCAAAAUUGUUGCCUAGCAACGAAUAAACAGCAGUUUGACAUUGCUCGUAAACCUUCCCCUAAGAUGGUAAGUGGAAAGGAGUUCCUCGAAAGCCUCCGCAAACCCCUACCCGGUGCGCCGCAAAGGAAAAAAUGCCGCACCGUUCCCGCAUUUACGAUUCAAAGCAUGCAAAAAAACACGUGCGUUUCGCCGCCGGCGAAGUGCGACGUCUACAAGGAGAAGCCCAUCCGGAAAACCGUUUUCCGCACGUAUUACGGAAGAGGUGACCUCCCCAUCGCCCUCGGACCCAACCGUAGCAUAUCGUGGAAGGUCGACAUAAAAAAACUCGACUACCACCAUUAUCUGCCGAUGUUCUUCGAGGGGCUGUGCGAGACCGAGGAGCCGUACAGGUUUUUCGCGCAGCAAGGCAUAUACGAUCUGCUCAUUUACGGGGGUAGCAAAAUUUUCCCCUGCAUACCCCAACUGAUUAUACCAAUUAAAAACGCAUUGGCCAGUAAAAACAAGAAAGUGAUGUGCAGCACCCUCAGGGUGUUACAGCACCUGGUGAAGGCGGGGGAUAUGGUCGGCGAGGCGCUCGUGCCUUACUAUCGCCAGAUUCUGCCAACUCUAAAUUUGUACAAGGAGAAGAAUGUGAACGUGGGGGACGAAAUCGACUACAGUCAGAUGAGGGGCGAGAAUAUCGCCGACUUGAUCAACGAAACCUUAGAGCUACUGGAGAGGUACGGAGGCGAGGACGCCUUCAUCAACAUCAAGUACAUAAUCCCAACAUACGAAUCUUGCAUGUUAAACUAAAUCGCUAAUAAAACAUUUUAUU